AUGAAUUGUUAUUGUUGUUGUUGCUUCGUACGUGUGUUUUUGUCGCGCGCGCUCUCUCGCGUUGUUCGAUGCUUUGCUUUUUCGUUUUAAUACUGCUUGUUGGUUGGUUCGUUCACGCCGUAUGCAUACACAAGAGCUACAAUUGCCAUUGUCGUUAUCCGGCGUACUCUCUCUCUCUCUCUCUCGCUCGCUCUUGCUCGCUAUGUGUGCUCAUCUCGUUGCUUUUCGGUGGUGAUGGUGGUGGUGUGGUGGUGGUUCGCAAGUCAUAUACCACCAGCUGCUGCUUCUCUCUCUCUCUAUCUAUUUCUCGCGCGCGCCCCGAACAGUGUGUGUACCCAUUGAACGAGCAAGCGAACGAGCGUAUUGCUUUCCAGCGCGAGAGAGAAAAGUAGUCACGAAGCAGUCAAACGCAAAGGCAGUCAAUCACCCAAUCCACACAUGUAAUUUUCUAGCCGAUGAUGCUAUAAGAGUGUCAUUCGGUUGUUGAUCGAAAGUCGCUUAAGUGGUUCGACACAUUCGAAAAGGAAACAAAUAUCAUCAUUUAGUUUCGAUCGAACUCUUGUUGAUAACGAACGGUCUUGGAAUUUUUCAGCAGCAUCUCUCGCAACAUUUUGUUCUACUGGUUUUUUCUUUCUCUCGUGCACGCGCAAUUUUGUAAAUACACGAGGAUCACAAUUGAAUUUUACCAUUAUUUUGUCGAUGAUUAUUUUUUGCAUUCGAAAUUGUAUAUUUGUUUUAUUUUUUUCGCGGAAUUUUCGGUUUUUUUUCUGUUUAUUGACAAUUGAAGUGAUUAAACGAAAUUUAGCAAUGAAUUUGUUUUGUGUGUGACGUGAUGAAAAGUGAAUCGAUUUCCUGCUCAACUUAUGACUAAAAUUUUAAACGGAAAAAAAUUUGUAUUUGAACAAGUGGCCACACAAAAUUUGCCCUCAACCAUUUUACAGAUUUAACUUGUGCUUAAAAUACUUUUCUUCACUCAAAACAAGUUUGAAUUGGGAAUUGAUAACCAAUUGAGAAAAAUUGCCAACGAUAAGAAGUUGAGAAUGUUUAAAACUGUGAAACUGUUGAUAUAACGCCUACCUUUUUUCGAACGGAAAAUGAGCAAAAGAUUUUGGAAAAAAAGGAUUUGAACUGUACGUUUUGGGGCAAAAUUUGAUGAUUCAGUGACAAUCUGAACCGGACAAAUUAAUUUUAAAAGUGACAUUACGGAACUUUUCUCUCGAAAAGGACGAACUUAAUUUUAAAAAUAAACCAAACAAAAUCUCAAAAUGGAAACCAAAUUAUCGGAAACAACAGACAGACGCGAUUUAUUUGCAUUACAAUCUCUCAUUCAAAUUAGUCAAGAUCAUCGAUCUUCGUCACCCGUUGGAUGCUAUUCACCAACAGGAAAUCGACUAUUGUCAUGGCCACCGUCGGGACCACAGAAUAUGUCCACGAAUAACAGUACCGACGCAAAUUCAACGCUCAGCAACGGUAAUUCCAUGUCAAUGGUCAAUGGAAAUCGAAAGUUUCAACAUCUUGGACUGAUAUGCGUUGUGUGCGGUGACACCAGCUCAGGAAAACAUUACGGCAUUUUGGCAUGCAACGGAUGCUCGGGAUUCUUUAAACGCAGCGUACGACGAAAAUUGAUUUAUCGGUGUCAAGCUGGAACUGGCCGAUGUAUAGUGGACAAAGCACAUCGAAACCAAUGCCAAGCCUGUCGACUCAAAAAAUGUCUACAAAUGGGCAUGAACAAAGAUGCUGUCCAAAACGAACGCCAACCAAGAAAUACCGCAACCAUUCGACCGGAAGCAUUUCGCGAUAUGGAACAAAGUCGAGCUUUGCGUGAGGCAGCUGUUGCCGUUGGUGUUUUUGCACCGCCGAUGCUGUUAUCACCAUCACGAUAUGGACCCGGACUCUUAACACAGCAAACAAUUGCUUCGCUACCACCAAGUUUGCAUCACAGCCACUUGGCGAUGCAUCAUCAUCAUCAUCACAGUGCAUUGAUCCCAAACGGUUUGGUCAUGUCGUCGAAUCUAAACAACAAUUCCAUUCAAACAAAUAACAACAAUAUCACUAACAAACUAACCAACAACCAUCAAUCGACUAACUCAACCAAAAAUAAUAACAAUAACGGCAAUAGCAAUGACACUGAACAUCACCGUCAUCGUACUGAAAACAAAACGGGUCUGCUCUCAUCCAAUAACUCAUCGAGCAAUUCGCCAAAUCAUUUAUCAAGUCGACCAGUUACACCAGUGACGAGUCAUGAGAAUUCGGGAAAUGCUAGAGGGAGUUUGUCCUCAGUUGGUUCUGAUAGCCCAAAUCCGUGUAAUGAUAACGAUGACGAUUCCAUCGAUGUCACAAAUGAUGAAGAGCCUGAACAGGAACCAGAAACAGAUCAUCAAACCACACCAAUAUUGCCGAUGCCGAAUUUCAUGCCUCCCACAUCAUUGUAUAAUCACACACAAGAAACGGUGUACGAGACCAGUGCACGUCUUCUAUUCAUGGCUGUUAAAUGGGCUAAGAAUUUGCCGAGCUUUGCUGAGCUCGCCUUUCGUGAUCAGGUCAUUUUAUUGGAAGAAUCAUGGGCUGAAUUGUUUCUGCUCAAUGCGAUCCAAUGGUGUAUGCCAUUAGAUCCAUCGAAUUGUCCACUGUUUUCCGUUGCCGAGCAUUGCAACAAUAUAAAUGGCAACACGAACAAUAUGAGCAAACAAGAGUUGGCCCUUGACAUUCGUGUACUGCACGACACACUGUGCCGUUUCAAAUCGAUUCUCGUUGAUCCAGCCGAAUUUGCAUGCUUGAAGGCAAUCGUUCUGUUUCGAUCGGAGACACGUGGCUUGAAAGACCCGGCACCAAUUGAAAAUUUGCAAGAUCAAGCACAGGUCAUGCUAUCGGAACAUUGUCGCCGUCAAUUCCCAACACCGAAUGCACGAUUCGGUCGUCUACUGUUGAUGUUGCCGCUGCUUCGUAUCGUCAAUUCACAUCGUAUCGAAUCGAUCUAUUUCCAAAGAACCAUUGGCAAUACGCCCAUGGAAAAGGUGCUGUGUGAUAUGUAUAAAAAUUAAAUUACAGUUUGUUUUUAGAAACGAAAAUGUGUACACCAUUCAUUUUUGAACGCUAGUGCUUUUCUGUGCCAAUGUCAAGCCAUGAUACAAAUCAACGUCAAUAUACAAUAACAAACGUUUCAAUUACAAAUUUCGUAAAUGGCUAAAUGCAUAUGGCAUUUGGUUGGUUCUCUAAAUUUCUUCGCUUGAAGCUUGAGUUUUAGCGUUAGAAAGUAAGAGCAUUGACACGUUUAUUUCGAUUAUUUUAAAAAAGAGGAAAAAAAAAUUUAAAUGAAACCACAAGUGAUAAAUGUCGUCACUUGAAAGAUGAACAAGUCUAAAGCAGCAGUUAGGUAGUUUUAUAUUCGAUUUAGUAGCUCUUCGCAGGAGUAUAAUACUGAAAAUUGAGGAGGACAUACAUUCAAGACAAUUAAUUACGUAAGAAUUUUUUGAUGUAUCGAUAACAAAACAAAUGUACACAUUCGGCUUUGGGCAACAGCCCAACGAAUCAAAAACACUUUUUUUCUUUCCUCGUCUAGACUUUAGAUCCAUUUUGUGUAAAUAAUGAAUACGCGCUAUUCAUGGAUUGAGUUGAUUUUUGUGUAAUUCAUACUGAACCUUAGCCUAGUGUAAUAUUACCCAAUAUUUCAUCUUUAAAUUCCAAGUAUAGCAUGUAACUAAGCUAACAGCAACAAAACACAUUGACAAAUCUCUAGCCAGUAAGUGCAGCACGGGAAGUUACCACUAUUUCUACAAAGAAGAAAAACCAAACCAUUUAAACACUUUUUCUUUGCAUUUUUUUUUUCUCCUUUCUUUUGUUGUGUUAAUGAAUUAUUCUUGUUUUACUGCUGAUGUGGAAAGUCAAUUGGGAAUUUAUACAAAUAUUUUGAACACAUUGGCUAUUCCGUAUCGAAAGCUAUGCAGUUGAUUACAAAAAUAACUAAUUUUAUUUCAAUUCAAAUGUGAAAACUAAUCCUAUCGUUUCAUAUGUAUGUUAGUUUGAUACCUAAGAUUAAUAUGUAUUCUAUGCAUGAAUUUAGCAUUAAGUUUUCAUUCAAAAUUCAGUGGUUUAAUAUGAGGGACAAAUGCUAAAUAGCGACAAAUCUUACGAUUCAUUACUAUUAAGUGGAAUAUAUAUAUAAAAAUGAUUAAAACGUAAAUUUCAAUUUGUGUAAUUUUUAUUUUAUCUAAAUAUAGUAAAAUAUUAAAUGAAUUUUAUGAAACGCA